AUUCCUGGUGUCAUCAUGCGAGUCCUGGCUCCUCCCCAUUGCGGCAGCCUCGGGCAUGCUGGGAAUCUCAGUUCUGCAGUCCCCACGGCUAGAAGGUGCGCUUGCUGCAGUGCUUUUGGAGCUUGGCUGGUGUACGAAGAGGAAGUUUCCCCAUCUUGGGGCUCCCACCCCCUGAAGGACCACAGUCUGAACCAAGUAGAGACCCCAGAGCCAGAGGGAAUGGCCCCCGGGACCCAGAGGCCCCCAUCCCAGGGGUCAAUAGCAUUCAAGGAUAUAGUGGUGGACUUCACCCAGGAGGAGUGGUGCCUGUUGGACCAUUCUCAGAAAGUGCUAUACCUGAAGGUCAUGCUGGAGAAUGUACAGAAUCUACUCUCUGUGGGGCUUCCAGUUCCUAGGAAAAAUUUUAUCUUCUGUUUUCAGCAAGGGAAAGCACCAUGGCUGCUAGAGCAAAAAGGCUCAAGGAGCUCUUGUCCUGAGGCAGAGACUAAUUUUGAAGUGAAGGAGAUGUCUACAAAGCUGAGCCUUCUUGUGGAAGAAUCUGGCCCCCAAGGAUGCAUGAAUGAGGAUCCCUGUGACUUCAUUUUGAGAGAAAUCUGUGACUCUAAUAUCAAGGUAAAUAAAAAUCCAAAGAGUAACUGUGAAUUUGAUAAAACUGCAGAGAAAUUCAGCCAAUAUUCAGUCCUAAAUCAGUAUAUGAAAUUGACCUCAGGAAAUGACUGUUGUCAGGAUAGUGAAUAUAGGAAAGGCUUUCCUGAAGAAGAAGGAUUUAUGCAGUCCCAUGAAAAAUCUCCUGAAAUGCCCAUGCAUCAAGGUAACCUAGGGGAAAUGGCUGUAGAGAUGGUUUCUGUGAGUAAUAACGGUGGGAGACCUUUCAGUCUGAACUCUAAGCUUCCUGCACAUCAAAUAAUCCUCUCUGGAGAAAAACCUUAUGAAUGUAAACAAUGUGGAAAAGCUUUCACACAGAGGAAUAAUCUUGCUGCACAUCAGAGAAUCCAUACUGGAGAGAAACCUUAUGAAUGUAAACAAUGUGGAAAGGCUUAUGCGUGGAAGGUCUCUCUUGCUACACAUCAGAGAAUCCACACUGGAGAGAAACCUUAUGAAUGUAAACAGUGUGGAAAGGUUUUCACACGGAAGUACCCUCUAGCUGAACAUGAGAGAACCCACACAGGAGAGAAACCUUAUAAAUGUAAACACUGUGAAAAGGCUUUUACAGGGAAGGACCAUCUUGCUGCACAUCAGAGAAUCCACACUGGAGAGAAACAUGAAUGUAAACAAUGUGGAAAGGCUUUUACAUGGAAGCUCUCUCUCACUGCACAUCAGAGAAUCCACACUGGAGAGAAACCUUAUGAAUGUAAACAAUGUGGAAAUACUUUUACGUGGAAGAUCUCUCUUGCUUCACAUCAGAGAAUCCACACUGGAGAGAAACCUUUUGAAUGUAAACAAUGUGGAAAGGUUUUUACAUGGAGGUACUCUCUUACUGCACAUCAGAGAAUCCACACAGGAGAGAAACCUUAUGAAUGUAAACAGUGUGGAAAGGCUUUUACAGGGAAGGACCAUCUUGCUGCACAUCAGAGAAUCCACACUGGAGAGAAACCUUAUGAAUGUAAACAAUGUGGAAAGGCUUUUACAUGGAAGGUCUCUCUUGCUACACAUCAGAGAAUGCACACAGGAGAGAAACCUUAUGAAUGUAAACAAUGUGGAAAGACUUUUAUAUGGAAGGUCUCUCUCACUGCACAUCAGAGAAUCCACACUGGAGAAAAACCUUAUGAAUGUAAACACUGUGGAAAAUUUUUCACACGGAAGUACCCUCUAGCUGAACAUGAGAGAACCCACACAGGAGAGAAACCUUAUGAAUGUCAAUACUGUGGAAAGGCUUUUAUAGGGAAGUGCCAUCUUGCUGCACAUCUGAGAAUCCACACCGGAGAGAAACCUUAUGAAUGUGAACACUGUGGAAAGGCUUUCACAGAGAGGGGAAGUCUUGCUAAGCAUAAGAACAUCCAUGCUGGAGAAAAACCUUAUAAAUGUAAACAAUGUGGAAAGGCCUUUACAUGGAAGGUCUCUUUCACUGCACAUCAGAGAAUCCACACUGGUGAAAAACCUUAUGAAUGUAAACAAUGUGGAAAGGUUUUCACACAGAGGAACACUCUAGUUGCCCAUCAGAGAAUCCACACCGGAGAGAAACCUUAUGAAUGUAAAUAUUGUGGAAAGGCUUUUAUAGGGAAGGAACAACUUACUGCACAUCAGAGAAUUCACACUGGAGAGAAACCUUAUGAGUGUAAACAAUGUGGGAAGGCUUUUACAUGGAAAAUCUCUCUCACUGGACAUCAGAAAAUCCACACAAGAGAGACAUCUUAUGAAUGUAAACAAUGUGGAAGGGCUUUUAAAGGGAAGAGCAGUCUUGCUAAGCAUCAGAGAAUCCACACUCGAGAGAAACCUUAUGAAUGUAAACAAUGUGGGAAGAUUUUCAUACUGAGGAGCAGUCUUGCUACACAUCAGAGAAUGCACACUGGAGAGAAACCUUAUGUAUGUAAACUAUGUGGAAAGGCUUUUGCAGGGAGGAGUGCUCUUGCUCUACAUCAGAGAAUCCAUAAUGUAGAGAGACCUCAUAGAAAGACCUUUACAGAAACAGACUCUUUUGCUAAACAUGAGAGAAUCCACACUGAAGAGAAACCUUAUGAAUGUAAAGAGUGUAGAAAAGCUUUUCCAGAGAGGAGAGCUCUUGCUAAACAUCAGAAAAUCCACACUGGAGAGAAACCUUAUGAAUGUAAACAGUGUGGAAAAGCUUUUACAGAGAAGGGAUCUCUUACUGCACAUCAGAGAAUCCACACUGGAGAGAAACCUUAUGAAUGUAAACAGUGUGAAAAAUCUUUUACAGAAAGGGGAUCUCUUGCUAAACAUCUGAGAAUCCAUACUGGAGAGAAACCUUAUGAAUGUAAACAGUGUGGAAAAGCUUUCAAACAGAGGAGUCAUCUUGCUAAGCAUCAGAGAAUCCACACUGGAGAGAAACCUUUUGAAUGUACACAAUGUGGAAAGGCUUUCACACAGAAGAAUUAUCUUACUAAACAUCAGAGUAUCCACACUGCAAAGAAACUGUGAAUGUCAUUGAUUCAGAUAGGCUUUUACAUAAAGCUCUACAGUUGCUUCAUGUCAGAAAAUCUUCACUGGCGAGAAACCUCAUGAGUGAAGCACAUGGUAUGGUUUCCACUUUUAGAUUAUUUAACAGAAGAUCUACAUUAGAGAGAAACUUUAGGAAUAUGAUGAAUGUGAACAAGGCCUUCAGGAAACAAUCGUCUCUUAUUCCCAAGUGAGAAUUGCUUUUGGAAUAUAUUGAAUUGGAGAGUCCAGAGCUUGUUCCCUAUGAAAAAAUGUCUUUGAGAUAGAUCAGUUCCAGAUGGAUUCCCUGUAGGAAGACUUUCAGCCAGAGAUCAUCUCUUACUUCAUAUCAGAGGAUUCAUAGUGCAGAAAAUUUUAAUGUGCUCAAAUUGUAUGUAUUUUCCUCAAGAGGAGGAUAAUCCUAUUAUGUAGAGAAAUGUACAUUAUAAUAAGUCUGUGGGACCAUCCCAUGUCUAUUAUAUUGGCUAUUAUGACAAAAGGAAAGUGACAAAAGUUCGAGAAAAUAUGGGAAAACUGGGAUACUAAUGAACUAUUAAGAGGAGGUGUGAAUUGAUUUAACCACUCUGUACAGAGCAAUUUUGAACUAUGUCCAAAGGGCAUUAAAAAACAAAAAGGAAAAGGACCUAUACGUAUUUAAAAAAAAAAAAACACUUAAAGCUGCUCUUUUUGGAGUGACUAAAAAAUUGGAAAAUAAGAGGACACUCAUCAAUUGGGAGAUGACUGAGUAAAUUAUCAUAUAUGAUUGUAAUAUAAUACUAUUGUUUCAUAAUUAAUGAGGAGAAGGAGGAGCUGAGAAAAGCCUGGAAAGACUUGAGAACUGAUGCAGAUUGAAUUUAGCAACACCAGGAGAACCACUGCACAUUGUGACAAAUGUUUUAUGCAGAACAACUGUGAAGUGAGUUAUUCUCAACAAUACAAUGAUCCAGAAGAAUCCCAAAGGAUUCAUAAUAAUAAUAAAAAAAAAAUCAUUUCCAGAGAAAGAAAUAAUGGAGUCUGAAUCCAGACCAAAGAAAAACAUUUUUUUUAACUUUUUAAAUUUUAGUCUUAUUUGUUUGAGUUUAAUUCCAUAGAAGGAACAAUAUGGAAAAAUGUUUUAUGGUGUUGCAUAUGCAAAAUCUAUAUAAGAUUGCUUAACAUCUCUUUGGGGGGGGAGAAAAUCCAAGACUCAAAAUUCUUUAAAAAUGUUGAAUAUUGUUUUUACAUAUAAUUGUCAAAAAAUAAAGUAUGAAAUGAUGGAGGAGAAGAGUUCUAUGAUCAGUAGCGAACAACAUUCUUUCUGGAAUGAAAGAGUUUAUAAGGAAUGAUUACAGGAAGGACUUCACCUUGAGCUCUGACUUGACAAUAUACUAGACACAUUUUGCCAGAUAUAAUAUUCAUUGCCUCCAAUUCACUAGGAAAGGUGUUUUGCUAUAGCAUAGACUUCAUGGAUUUUCCUCAUUAAACACCCCAAAUUUCAUAUUGUACAAAAAAAUACUACACUGAUAGGGAUUUUUUUUCUCUGAAAUACUGUUUGUCAUUCUUCCUCACUAUUUGUUGGCAUUCAUCUAUUACAGAUUUUUUUGGCCAUUACCUAGUUAAUUGGCACUCACUUGUUUCUUGUUUUUUGCUGGCUCAUAUAGAUCUUAAUAAACAAACAAAAUAAGAGUGCCUAGGGAAGAUGUGGAAGGAACAGGGGACCUGAUCCCUACUGUUCAGUCUAUUCUGUCCAAAGACUCAGGCUCAUGAUGUAUUUGGCUGAUUCUGGAUCUGAGUGGAACUCCAACCCCACUGAUGAAGUAAUAAGGGAGAAUUUUAGGUCUCCCAAGUAUAUCUUAUCUCAAAAUAUCAACUAAUGGGGACUCCUAAGGUUGAACUGGUAGGCCAAAGAGCAACAGAACACAACUCUCUUUAUAAGCAAGAUGCAAGGCACUCUUUUCUGGGGACAAUGGUGAAGGAAACAUUUUUUUGUUUAUGGGAAUCCCAUACCCCCAUACCCCCAUUAAGAAACCAUAUUAUCCUCAAAGAAACAGCCUCAUAUUCUUUAUUGAUUCAAAUCUGAAUGUUACACAAAGCAUUUCUAUAAGGUGAAUAAAGUCCCAAUUACUCCUCUGAUAUUCACUUUCCCUCUAGAGAGUUAUUUUAAUGAAGAAGGAGAUAAGAAUUAUGAGAGAGAAAAUUAUGAGACUGGCCACAAAUUAAUAAUUUUAUUAAAUAUCCCUCAGAAAAGCUACAGAAUGGCCUGGGUUGCCAAUCAGUUCCUUUGACAAUCAACUUGAUAGACAAAUAGCAACAGAAGCAGAAGACAAGUUCAGUUGAGAAGUCAUCUUUACCCUGCAAUGAGAGGCAAUGUGAGGUGUGUGUUUGUAGAAUGUGUGUGAUUGUCCAUGAUGGUUUCAAAUGGCUAGUAGUGAGCAUGCCUAGUGUUAUUGAAAGAGCCAGCCAUCAGUGCAGUGGAAAAAUGCAAACAUUCAUAACAUAUUGAUGUGGUUAUUAUAGUAGUGAUGAGAAGAGAUUACUUGGUAACCUUGAAAUGUAACAGCUAUUCUGGUGCAGAGUACAGCAGGUAAAUGAGGGUAAGGGCAUCACUGUGACUGUCCAGGGGAAUAGAUUUACACUGGUGUGGCUAACUGAUAGGGUGUUGUGGAAACAACUUGAGAAGAGAUGGAGAAAGAAAAGUAUAUGUUGUACCUGGUUAGAAGGGGUAAGUGUUUGAUAUAGUCCUGGAAGGAACAACAAGAUCAUUUUAUAUCCAGUCAUAGUGGUUUGGAAUCACUGCACAGAAAAACCUAUUAGGCCUCUAAUAUGUGUAUGCUUGUUGUCCCAGAGAGGUUCUUUCCUACAUUAGAUGCUGUUAAAGAAUUUCAAGCCAGAAACUUUGGACAUCAUAAUGAACUUCCAAAUAUUUUAUGAACCACCAAAGGGACAUGAGGCAAGAGUACUGAUGUAGAGUUGCACUAUUUAUUACCUAAGAGAAGAAUGAUGGAUUGAAUAUAGUAGAAAUCAUUCAUAAUACAUAAUGAAAUAAUUUGAAUAUUGAAUAUAUGUACAGCAACUGCCAUAAUAUCUUUGGAUCCCAAAAGAAAAGAAGAAAUUUUGCAUAUAAUUUCCAAAUUACUGCAAGAUAGUUAAAAAAAAGUAGCCGAUUUCUCAGCUUAGAAUAUGAAAUUUCCCAAGAAUGGCCAUGUAAUAGUGUCUCCAAAAUAAUCAGCACAAAAUGUCAAAAAAGUUACCCGAGACUGAGAAAAAUAUAAUCAACAAGAGGCAUUGAAAGGAAAGAUAGAAAGAGCAAUGAAAAAAGCUAGUACUGUGGACAGAGCAUGCUCAUUCACAGAAUUUGAGUAGUAGUCCAGCUGCAGGUAGGUUGGUCAGGUCAUUCCUCCAUUCUGAGCUCAUGACCUGAUUGUGAAGGGAGAUGAGAAUGUUCAGCCUGCCUGUGUCACAGGUGUGUUGUGAGUAUCCAGGGUUAUUGUAUGUGAAGAUGUUUCUAAACUAAAUGAGCUUGCAGAUGUGACCAAAUUCUGUUUCCAAAAACCAAUUCUUCCUGCUUGAGGUUGAAAACUUCUCAACUGGGGAAAUAGAAUAAAAAUCAAAUUACUUUGCCAUCACAGGAAAUAAUUUAUAUUUCUGUUGUGUGUAUAUCUAUGUAUAUAUACAUAGUUAUAUUGUUUUCUUCAUAUUUAGAGACCAUGUUUGAAGUAACUGAGAUGACAAAAGAGCUGAGCAUUUUGUGGAAGCAUCUGGUAAUCACAGAUUCAUAAGUGACUUUCUGUAAAUUCAGUGUGGGACAAAUCUGUGAUUAAUAUCAGCAUAGGAAAAAUCCAGAGUAACUGUGAAUAUGAUGAAACUGAAAAGAGAUUCAGACAAUAUUCAGUCCCAAAUCAGUGAAAAAAGUAACUUUAGGGAGUGACUAUUCUCAGAACCAUGAUUAUAAUCAGUGCUUUCCUGGACAAGUGGAGCUUCUUCAAUCCCAUGGCAAACAUCCUGAAAUGCCCAUGUAUGAGGGAAAUAUAAGAGGACUAGUGCCUACAUGGAAUGAAGACCUCAUUAGACAUCAAAAAAGUUAACAUAGAAAUAUGCUUUAUGUGAAUGAUAGAGGUUGGAAAGCCUUUAGUCAGAACUCUGAACUUGCUGCACAUACCAUAAUCCACACUGAAAAGAAUCUUUAUAGAUGUAAAGAAUGUGGAAAUGCUUUGACACAUAGGGGUAGUCUUGCAGCACAUUAGAGAGUCCUCAGUGGAGAGAAAUGCUAUGAAUGUAAAAAGUCUGCAUAGGCUUUCCCUCCAGGCUUAAUAGACAUAAGAGAAUUCACACUGGAGAGCAUGAUAAGGGAGGGGAAGAGGGGAAGCGGUCAAGGAAUGGGAAUCGGGAGCUCUCAAAGAUGACUGAGUGGAUAUGGCCAGAUGAAUUCUAGGCCAGGGGACCAGUUUGGAGACCAGAGGAGAAGGGUUAUCCCAGGAGUCAAGGCAUUCCUCCCAUUGAAAUGCAGGGUUUCGUGAGGAGAGGUAGACAGGAUCCUAACAGGUUCUUCCCUGGAAGUGAUUGCUUCUUCCCUUGGGGCUGAAUUCUCUCUGGCUUCUGGAAGUGAACUCUGCAUGUGCAGGUGUCAUUGGGUGUAAGUAUGAAACUCCCUACCCCCUUUAUGAUUAUAAUAGUAUUAACCUUUAUGAUUGUUUUAAUAACAUAAUCAUAGUCUUGAGUUAAUAGUCAAAUAAUAUAGUUUGCUUUAUAAGAAUUAUAAACAUUAGCUAAGAAAAAUACAGUUUAGGGUGGUCUUAUUUACAGGCAUUAUGACCUUAAACCUAUAACUCAAGAGUUUAUACUAAGCUGACCACACCCUGCUCUUGGGUGCAAGCAUUCCCCCCCCCCCCAAAAAAAAAAAGUAAAUGGCUGCUUUUGGGUGCAAACGUUGGCCAGGGGAAGUGUCAGGGCUGCUCUUGGUUGCAAACAUCAACCAUCUAACUGCUGACUCCUAGUAUUGAGUCAUAAUUCUCAGCUGAAAACAGUUAGACCCUGACCUGUACAGAGGUCUUGGAAAUGCCAGCCAUAAUAAUAAACAUAAAGUUACCAUCCAUAGUAAUUACUUUUGUACUUUCCAGCUUAGUCAUCACUUGCAUCAUUAAUUAAGAACUGCCCAUGUGAAAGAUUUUACAUCCAUUCAGUUUUAAUUUUGAUUUUAUUUUCUGUCACUAUGUUAUCAGAUUUCUCUGCAUUAAAAAAAAAAAAAGGCUAUCUCCUAAGGAUCCGGGUCUUUGGUCUUGGCAUUGACCAGAGUCUGGCUUUAUUGUGAGACUGGCCCCCUUGCAAUAAACCUAUUAAUAGCUUGGAGACUGUAUUGUGAUCAUUUUUCACCACAUUUGGCAACUCUGCUAGGACCUAGAGGAAAUUCUGUCCAUCGGGGGUCCUUCCAAGAAGGGUUUUCUUUCAGGGUGCCCACAUAGGGGACUUUUUGCUCCUGCCCCCUUCUUGACGAAGAGAUCAACGAAAGAAGAUUCCUCACAGAUUUCAAACCAACUCCAAGCUGGUAAGUAACUUUCAGUCAUUUUCAACAACUGUAGGUUGAAAACCUACUCAAACUUUUCUAUUUUUCUUGAUUCUAAACAGAUUAGUUAAUUUCAAAUGUAUCAUAGUUCCUGAGUCUAUUCAGAGCUUACUCCAGUAAGUUUUACUUCUGCUUUUUCCAGCUGUUCUGAGGUUUUUUUCCCCGAAUUAUGUGGUGUUUUUUAUUUUUUUAAGAAACUAGAUUUUUUUUUUUUAGAAAGUCUUUGGGUCAGUAAGUAGUCCUAGCCAAAAGAAGCAUUGAUCCAGCUUACAUAAGCUGUCUUAACUCAGAUCUCAAAACAAAAGAGUAGUUUUAGUCUGGCCUGAAUGCCUAAUCAAAUCCAGACAGACUCUCCUUUCUCUAGAUUUUUCUGCUCAAUAUGGGCACUGAGCAUAGCAAAAGGGAAAUUCCUAGGGACUCUCCAUUGGGGAAAUUCUUAAUUGAGUUGGACAGACCGCUUACCAGUAGGUAAAGGAAUGGAGAGAAAAAAAGUUAUAGAAUACUGUUUAAAUUGGUGCGAGACUCGGGAACUUUUGGCCUAAAUUUGGAACUUUUGAUCUUUGUACUAUAAACAAAUUAGAAGCCAUUUUAGAAAAAUAAGAAAGAUGGGAGCAACUGGAAUACCUGGGAUGCUGACUAAAACUAGCCAAUACAGGAAUUAAUUCAUAUACAAACAAACUUUACCCUGUCUUGCCUGUUCCCCUCCUAUCUCCCCCCCCCCCCACCUUCCCUUUUUGAGCCAGAGGGAGAACAAUGCAAGGAGGAAAAAAAAGGAACAGAAACUAGAGCUUGGCAGGUAGAGAAAAGGAACAGAAGCCUCUGCUUUCCCUUUAAUAGAUAAAACUCCACUCAAUGCACAGGAAAUUUAAUUUUUUAUAUAAAGAACACCAUCCUUUCAGACCUUCUGAUCUAGCAAUGUAGAAACAAAAUAUCCCUCAAUUCAAUGAGGACCCCUUAGUAGUGAUAGAUCUGUUUAAAUCCAUAUUUAGUGGGUACUGUCCUUCAUUGAAAGGUGUGAAAUACCUUCUUGAAACAUUAUUAUCAGAUUGGGAAAGAGUGGGAAUUAUAGAAACUACUAACCAGGUGGUAGUUGGUCCAGGGGGAGGUGGGAUGUGGUCAGUUCAAGACCCAGGAUGAAAUCCUAAUAUUUUGGGGGAUUUCAGUCAGUUAGGAGAUGCUAUAAAUAAUUCAAUCAGAAGGAUGGAGCUUUUCUCACAAUACCUAAAUUACAGCAAAUUUCAGGAAACUACCGAGGAGAAAGAUGAGUCUCCUAUGAGAUUUUAUGAUUGGCUCUGCAAAAGUGCUAAGAAAUUUGCUAGACAAGAUUCCAUUAACCCAAGAGAUGCCAGAAUAAUACAACUUUUGUAAACUAGUUACUCCCUAAUAUCAAGAAAUAUUUUUCAAAUUUUUGCCCAGGAUAGCAUGAGAAAACUAUAGGUGAAUUGAAGGCAAUUGCUUUGUAUGUAUAUGAAGGGAAAGAUAAAGAAGGUUGGUCAAAUGAACAAAUCAAUUCCAUCUUUUGUUCAACAAACAUCUCAAGACCAACCACUCAGGAAGACAGGGCACUGCUUCUACUGUGGAAAAAGGGGACAUGUGGCCAAGGAGUAUAUAGGAAGAAACAGAAAGAUCUGGCAGGAAGAAAAUUUGAGAAUAGACAAGGAGCCUGACAGACAAAUACUUCAGCCAGAACUGAAAAUUGGGUUGCUCAAAAUAUGAAAGUUGCUGCUUCACAGUGAUGGUUUUUUUUUUUGGGGGGGGGGUUCAGGGACUUUGAGGCCUGUAGCUUCUGGUGAAGAUAAAAUCAUAGCCCCCUUAUUGCCAGUCCAUGCUUCUCUCUUGCCUAAUGUGGAUUGUGUUCAGUGUUCGUGCUUAAUUAAUACUGGAGCUUCUUUGUUUUACAAUCUGUACCUUGGAAUAAAGGAACUAUUGUUAAAGGAAUGUCAGUAAUUGGUGUAGAGGGAAAUAAUGAGCUUCUUUCUCUCAUGUCAUCACUAGAGGUUACUAUUGGUUCAAUUACCACCAAGUAUUCUUUUUUUGUGGAUACUUCAAUCACCCAUGGAUCUAUUAGGAAGAGAUAUGUUAUAUAAAUUAAGAAUUGUCUUUCACUGUAUGCUAGAUAAUAUACUUACUUGCCUGAUGAAAAAUUGUUAAUACCAUCAUUUAUUAAUGUAUUAAGUUAAUAUUGUAAUGAGGAACCACUUGCUUAUUCCUCUGACCAUGAUGGAAACUUGUUAAUCUCUGAUUUCUUAGCUAAGGAAGUCUGGGCAAGCUCCCCCACUGAUGUAGUCAGCUGUCUCAGUUUCUUUUGCUAUAAAAGGAGGGAAACUCCCAUCAGUACCUCAGUAUUCUCUUAUAAGGAGUCAAUUAUUGAUAUUAUACCCAUAAUUGACUCUUAUUAAACAAGGAAUUGUUGUACCUUGUAGGUCAGGGGCAAAUACCCCUAUUCUACUAAAGAUGCUGAAGCCUGGUCCAGGCUAUAAGCUCAUUUAUCAUAUUGUCCAGAAUCUUAGAGCAAUUAAUUCUUAUGUGGUUGGUCUCUGUCCUAUUGUACCUAACCCUUCAACUUUUGUGACUGCAAUUCCCUGUAAUGCUACUUGUUUUUUUUUUCUGUUUUUGACUUGUGUGCCACAUUUUAGUCUAUACCUAUCAGCUCAAAAUCUCAAUAUUUAUUUACAUUUACCUUGCUGAGUCUUCAAUACACUUUCACCAAUAAGUGUAUACAAACAGUCACACCAUCUUCUCCCUGAUUUUUCAGAAAGAUUUAUCUACCACCAUUUUUAAAGGCUCUGAUUUGAUCCAGUAUGUAGAUGACUUGCUCCUGGCCUCUUCUAACCAAGAAGUCUGCUAUCAAGACAGCUGCCAUUUAGUUCAGGAACUUGCUAAGCAGGGGUGCAAGAUAUCCAAAGCAAAGGUACAGUGGUACAAAACACAGGUAGAAUCCAUGGGUUUCAUUUUGUCACCAGGAAAAAAGACUGUUUUCCCUUAGAAUAUACAAGCAUUACAGAACCUAUCUCUACCCAAGAAUAAGAAACAGGUAUGUGCUAUAUUGGGAGCUACCGGUUAUUCCAAUCCUGGAUUCCAUAUUUUUGGGAAAUUGUCCAUUAGAAAUGAAAUCAAAACAUUUGGUUGCUUUAAGGGAACUUAAAGAAGUCAGCUGGUCUGGUACUAGGAACCCCUCCCCCGCCCCCAAUUGUGCAGUGUUCCUGUGAAGUUGAGGCCUUGCUGUUAUGCCACCGAACUUGACCAAAAACUUGCUCAAUAUGAAGUGACCUUAUUAGAAAAUGAGAACAUCAAUAUCAAAAGAUGUAAUACUAUAAAUCCUUUCACUCUGCUACCUGAUCUUUUAUAUCAGCGGAACCCCUACAUAACUGAAACUGUGCUUGAUAUGUCAGAAAAGCCACACCAAGACCUUUUAAGGGUCCCCCUGAAAAAUCCUGAACUAACCUUAUAUAACAAUGGCUCUUCCUUUGUAAAAAAAGGAAAACAGUUUACAGGCGUAGCUGUGGCUAUUGAUUAUGAUAUUUUGUGGUCAGCCUCCCCUCCAUCUAACCUCAGCACUCAGGCAGCAGAACUUCUGGAUUUAGCUCAAGCCUAUUUUUUUAUCCAGAUGGAAAACUGUUAAUAUCUAUUCAGAUUCCUGAUGUGUUUUGGGAAUAUGUCAUGCCAUAGGAAUGCUGUGGUUAUAGCUUGGGUUCCUAACAUCCUUAAGAAAACAGAUAGAACACUCUGAUUAAAGACUUGCUUGAAGCCAUUCAGCUACCCAGGGCUUUAACAAUAAUAUAUUGCUCAGCCCACAAAAAGGGAACUGUCCCUGUGUUCAAAGGGAAUGAAUGAGCUGAUUUAGCUGCAAAGACCACAGCUAAAAAUGACCCUAUUCAGACAAUGUCACUAUAUACUGCAGAAGAAAACAUAUAACAAUAUAAAUUUGAAAACCUACCAUAGAGACUGAUAAAAACCAAUGGCCAAACAUCACCUAUAAAUACAAGGAAAUUGAAACCUGGACUCAGAGGUAUAAUGCAAAGCAUAUGUUUGGUAUCUUUCUAAAAAAAAAUGUUAUCAAGUCUGUCUAGCAUUUUGGGCUAAAGGUCAUUAUAAGGCACAGAAAAUUGCAGACACAAAAAUAAGGGUUUAGAUGACUCUGGGAAUCACUUCAAUGGCUUCUCAUAUAAUAUUAGGGGGUCCUGAAUGUAUGACUUUUUAAUUAGCAUGUUUUUUAAAAAGUUGCCUAAGGAAGGUGAUGUGUUGGAGGGGAUGUGGCAAAAUUGGGACAAUAAUACACUUCUAGUAGAGUUGUGAAUUGUACCAACCAUCCUGGAAAGCAAUUUGGAAUUAUGUGUAAAGGGCUUUAAAAGAAUGUCCACCCUUUGAUCCAUCCAUACCCCAAAGAGAAAAUAAGGAAAAAUACUUGUUCAAAAAUAUUCAUAGCCUUGCUCUUUAUUGUGGCAAAAAAAGGCAAAUGAGGGGGUGUCCAUUGAUUGGGGAAUGGCUGAAUAAAUUGUGGCAUCUGAUGGGAAUGGAAUACUGUUGUGCUGAAAGGAUUGAUGAACUGGAGAAUUUCUAUGUGAACUGGAACAACCUUUAGGAAUUGAUGCAGAGAGAAAAGAGCAGAACCAGGAGAACAUUGUACCCAAAAACUGAUACAUUGUGGCAUAAUCAAAUAUAACAGACUUUUCUACUAGCAGCAAUGCAAUGAUCCAGGAAAAUUCUGAGGGACUUAUAAGAAAGAACACUAACGACAUCCAGAAAAAUUUGUAAAUCCAGAGUAUUUGUACUAUGCGAGUACAAAUGCAGAAGAAAAACAUAUGAUCAAUCAUGUGGUUCAAUGAGGAUAUGAUUGGAGUUUUUGCAUUAAAAGAGUACCAUAUUGCAAAUAUGAAUAAUAUGCAAAUUUUGAUUUUGAACAAUGAUUUUGGACAAUGAUACAUGUAUAACCCAGUGGAAUUGCUUCUCAGCUCUAACGGGGGUGGGGGAGGGAAAGGGGGAAUCAUGAAUCAUGUAACCAUGGGAAAAUAUUCUGCAUAAAUAAAUAAGUUAUAAAAAUGAAUAAAUAAAAA